AUACUGAUCGAUCAUAUUUUGCUUUAAAAGCUCUCGAAAUGUACCUUAGAAACGCUGGCGACUCCGCGUCGUAUUUGGGGUUUUUAACCUCAAACCGUUCAAUGAUUGUAAAGUCACCACCGUUAGGAAGUAAUUGGAUAGGAAUAAAUGGCACUUGGUAUAGACGAUAUGUGAUUGCAUCGAAGGUACUGAAACUAUCGCAAGCGAGAUUAGUUGCAAGAGAGGCAUUCUUCCCUAGCCCAAGUGAUAAUGAAGG